UUAAAGGUCUGCUAUUGGUUAUGUGAUUGUUAUGUUGGAAUCGAUGUUAUGAUGACAAAUUGGAAAGUCUUACUUUACUAAAUUUUUUAAUAUCGCGAGAUAGCUUUAUCUCAGACCAGUACAAAAUGGAAAACAUUUGCUCAAUACUCAUUUAUUUGUAAUCAUUUUCGUCCUGUCUUAAGAUUUAAAUAUUUAUAGUAAACCAAUUGCAUUUGUGGAAACAUGGCUGAAAAUAAUGCCUCUCCUAUAGCCAGUUUCUACAAGGAUAGAUGCAUUCUUCUAACUGGAGCUACUGGUUUUAUGGGAAAAGUACUAGUCGAGAAAUUACUUCGUUCAUGUAGUGAAUUAAAAACAAUCUAUCUUCUUUUACGACCAAAAGAAGGCCAAGACCCAAAACAGAGGUUAGAUGAACUUCUGAAGGCAAAAAUCUUUGAAAGGGUUAAGAAAGAACAACCAAGUACUGUUUCCAAACUAGUUGCCGUUCAUGGUGAUUUAACACUCCCUGGACUGGGUAUCAGUUCAUCGGAUGUUAAUCUUCUAAUAUCCAAUGUAUCCAUUGUUUUUCAUUCCGCUGCUACUGUUAAAUUUGAUGAACCAUUAAAGCGUUCAGUAGAUAUGAAUGUUUUGGGAACUCGUCGGCUAGUAGAAUUGUGCCAUAAAAUGAAAAAUUUAGAGGCAUUAAUUCAUGUUUCUACCGCAUAUUGCAACUGUGAUCGUGGAAAAGUGGAUGAAAUAGUCUAUGAACCUCCUGUACCACCACAGAAGAUUAUAGAUACGAUUGAAUGGAUGGAUGAAGAUCUGGUUGGUGUCCUAACUCCACAUCUAAUACGGGGGAGGCCAAAUACCUACACCUAUACUAAAGCAUUAGCUGAAACAUUACUUGUAGAAGAGAGUGGAGCACUGCCAGUAGCCAUUGUUCGGCCAUCGAUUGUUACAGCGGCUUGGAAAGAGCCUUUUCCAGGAUGGGUUGAUAACUUUAAUGGACCAACAGGUUUGAUUGUUGCUACGAGCAAGGGCAUAUUACGCUCAAUGCAUUGUAAAUCCUCAAGCAUAGCAGAUCUUAUACCUGUAGAUAUUGUAAUCAAUCUAGUCAUCACUGUGGCAUGGUACACUGCUAGUCAUAGGCCCAACAGUAUCUUGGUGUAUAAUUGUUCUUCAGGUAGCAUUAAUAAAGUCACCUGGGGAACAGUUGAACAAUUAGCCAUUCCAUUAAUUUUGAAACACCCCAGCCAUGAAAUCUUUCGUUAUCCCAACGGCAGUUUUACGAAUAGCAAAAUUUGGAACUAUUUGUCUGUAAUGCUCUAUCAUCAUAUUCCUGCUUACUUUAUUGAUUUAGUUGCUGUACUUACUGGUCAUAAGCCAAAGCUUGUUCCUUUGUAUAAAAAGCUUCAUCGAGCAAUACAAUGUUUGGAAUAUUUCACUACGCAUGAAUGGGCUUUCAGUUGCAAUAAUGUUUUGAUGUUACAGGAAAAACUACCUGCAGAAGAUAAAAGGGAAUUCAAUUUUGACAUUCAGGCCCUUCACUGGCCAACUUACCUAGAAGAUUAUAUAUUAGGUAUACGACAGUUUCUUCUUAAAGAGGAGUUGUCUUCUCUUCCUUCAGCUAGAAAAGGUUUAAAAAGGAUAUAUUUGUAUACUAAGCUGUGCCACAUGGUCUUAAUGGUGUUUAUGUGGAAAUAUGUGUUCAUGCGUUAUAAUGGUGCUCGUAAGUUGUGGUUUGUAUUUCUUUCAAUGAUGGUGAAAUUUUAUAAUAUGCUGCCUAAAUCCAUCAUCAACUCCUGAAAAUUCUUUGCCAUAGCAGACUCAAGUGGCUGGUGCACUCUGCAAUUUUUCACUCUGAACACUUUAUCCUUUAGUCAAUUCUAAACAAAACUGAAAUUCUAGCAUCAUUUAGGUUAAUGCAAUUGCAGUUUAAUUCACAAUCCAAUGCUUGUUUGUAGAUCCAGUCUGAUCGUUAGCAAUGAAGUAAAACUCUCUAUAAGCAUUGGGGAAAUUAUGGUUGUGAAAAUGCUUUUUCAUUGAAACAAAUGAUUUUGUUAAUGUUCAAU